GCGCAUGGGAUGUCACGGGCGACUGGUCUCUCUGGGUUUCGCUGCUCCCCUCCAUCAUGAUCAACACCUACCAGACCAGCAUGGCGCUGCCGCAGGUGCCUCCACCGGUGCCCCCGCGCCUCGGCAGGUCCCACCCAGUCCUCAUCCCGGCUCAGCUUCCAUCACCAGGCCACAGCAAGCCUCUUCUGCGCUUUUUGGUUGCUGUGGUGGUGCUCCAUUUGUUGCUGUCUGUUGGAGGAUUUCUAUAUCUGUUCUACACUGAAAGGCAACUUUCACAUGCAACCUACUCCUCACCAGAAGGAAGAGUUGGUUUUCCCCCCAUAGAAAAACAAGAAACAGCCUACAGAGCCCUGGCACGCUUGGUAAUUAAGCAGAGGUCAUACUCUAAUAAAGCGAAAACAUCUGGUUAUCUCCAGUGGGACACAGACCACUCAGUUUAUAGGGACAUCAACUACUACGAAUACAAAUGGGUGACUAUCGUCCAGCCCGGAGACUACUUCGUCUACUCCAGGGUGACCUUCUCAAGAGGCAACUCCACAAUCCCGCUGACCAGCUUUGUCAAGAUGAGGAAAAGCAAUAGCGGAAAGGAGGAGGUGGUGAUGAAGGCCUACUGCAGCAUGAGCAAUGACAUGGGAUCUAAAUUGAACCCUCACAUGUGCACGGUCACGCAGCAGGACGUGAUCACGCUGGAGAGGGGAAACCAGCUCGGCGUCUGGGUGGAGGACCUCUCGCUUGUGGACUACGAAAUAGGUGCUACGGGCUUUGGGAUGUAUAAGGUGUAGGACCUGCGUGGAGCAGGACUCCCAAACAGGGAUCUGCGACGGUGGAUGGAAUAUAGAUACUAAGAACACUCUAACGGAGUGAAUCAACAAACUUUUUAUGACAUAAAGAGACACAAUUUUAAACUAUAAUUUAAAUAACAUUGUCUACUUGUUUUGUCAAUGAUUGCUUUGUAUUUAUUUAUGUAAAUUGGACUAUUUUUGAAAUAAGUUUUAUAUUUAAUCAGAAAUAUAUAUUCUCUCAUUUUUUCAGAAAAUGGCCCAUUUUCAAGAAUUUUCAUUCUUACAUUUUCAAUGUUGGAUUACAUAGCUACAUGUGCUCUUGUGAAGCAUAACAUUCUAAAAAGCAGCAUAUUUCCAACAGCCCAGGAAAAAAACAGCACAUUUUAAUUUGAUAAAGGAUAGAAACUGAUUCCUCUUACUCAGAAUGAACCACUGCUGUUUUCAUUUUCCAGGGCAAACAGCAACUAAAGAUGCAUAUUCUCACGGUGUCAAAAGAAAGCUCUGAAGAUGUAAUUUGGAACUAAUGUUAGUUUUAACAUUUCAUCAUUUAACCUUCUGAAUCUAAUAAUUUAUGUUCAUUUCUGUAUAUAUUAUCAGCACAGAACACAGGAACACAUUUCUGAAGGAAUGCGAAUCAUGUGGAAUAGCUGAAUGGAGUGUAGGGGUUCUAGUUUGAUGUUGUGGUAUGGUUUUCUAGAUGGCAAAAGUUUUACAAAGUUCAUGAAGAGGAAGUGAGGAUUCUCUGAGAAUGUCUAGACUUCUGUUCCUGCCGCAGCUCUGAAGCAGAUCCAGGAAAAAGGGAUAGGGACACUCCAAUUACAGGGCUGUCUGACCAGGGUGGCACAGCAUUGGGAGUAAACAUGAGCACUUGACAUCGAUUUUUAGCUUUUAAAGUUGUCAGUGAUGGUUCAAAUAUGUUUUCUGUUUCUUAUUUCCAAAGUGGACUAGGCGAGCUUCAGAAAAUGGGGUUUUCCACAGUAUUUUAAUGAAUUGGAGACUGCGUUCAUUUCUAGACAGGUCAUACCUGAGCCCGAAAGUUCUACACUGCACUGAGAUUUUCUAAAACCUUUAUAUCUGUAUAAAUACAGACAAAAAAUUCAUCUUUAGUGUAUUUUCGGGAUUGGGAUCAUGUUGGAAAGUUGAGGUUCAUAAGAGCCCAGGGCAGCAUUCUUCAUGGAAAAGGGUAUAAAAGUAAUCAACAUCAUACAUGAUGAAUUGUGGCAUUAAUCCCAGACUUACAUGGACCUUUUCGGUUUUAAAAUUAGCUUCACACUGCUUCUACGUGUGAAAUAAUGACUGUAAUCUUUCAGUCUUAAUACCCAAGUACAGCUCUAAACUUUCCUACAAAUAUACAGCCAAGCUAUCUGAGGAGUAAAACCAGGUUUAAAAUUAAGGGGAGUUCUUGAUGAGUAAUUUACAAAAGAAGUGAAACGAUUCAAACUGUAGGUCAAAGAUGGCAUAUAAAACAUGUUUUUUACACGGUGCAGUACAACACAAUGGAAAGUGUGAAUCUUUAUGGAGAUGUGCAGGUGCAGAGGCUGCCCACUCUUACAGUAUGCCAUGCACUCUAGUCACUCCUUCCACCGUGUAAAGGGUUUCCUUAUGGCGGAGCUGAGCAACCUACAAAUUCCUGUGCUGUGAUGAAUGCGGUACGGAAAAGCCAGCCUGCCUGCCGUUUGUGGAUUUCCAGCAUGAAUGAAGAAAACCUUUUUCCACUACUCUCAUGAUCAAAACUGACGAUUUUCAAUCCAAACCUCCACUUGUUAUAUUAAACUUUUAUUAAAAGACAAAUCAAGCCAAACAUACAGUGCAGAAUGUCUAGAAACAAAUGGUGAAAUACUUGCAACAAUAAUUGCAUAGAACAAGCUUUAAAAAAUAAACAAAACAAAAAAAUAAAAAACACAGUGGUGUGGAAAUAUAAUUUCAGGUUAACUUCUUCCCACCAGUAAGUGCUAACAGAAAGUAUUGGGAAUUUUGAAAUUACAGUGUGUGGUGCUUAAAUGAAACAGUCGUUUGGAGGGGAGUGGGGGGCAACAUCACUUCUGAAAAGUGUCCAACAUUACAAAAUCUAGUUAGUCUAGCUCGUGAACCAUGAUGUGCUUUUAGGCGUGAAAGUUACACCUCUGCAGACGAACCAGCUGCAUCAAACGCUGCAGAGUGCUGUGAAGUUUCUGUAAAGAGGUGCGUGCAAAAAAAAACAAACAAAAAACAGCACUUCCCACGCAGUGACUGACGCACAGUCAACAGUUUGGAUCAUUUGUGGAGUAAGAAAUGGACCUUGUCAUUGUUAUUUUUUUAAAACCAGGAAACCGGUAGCUGAACCCCCCUG